ACGACAGGAUAGCUCAUUUCACUCCCAUUAUAAAAGGAAAUCACAGCAGCGGAGCAGUGUAGAAGACUUAACUCUUGAGUGUGAAAAAAUGGCGAUCCCACUACCCAAUCGACAGCUAUUCAUUGGCGGUGAAUGGAAGGAGCCUGUUCUCAAGAAACGGAUCCCUAUAAUCAACCCCUCUACGGAGGAGAUCAUUGGUGAUAUACCUGCAGCUACUGCAGAAGAUGUGGAGCUAGCGGUGGAAGCAGCCCGGAAAGCAUUUACCCAGAACAAAGGCCGAGAUUGGGCUUUCACUUCUGGUGCAUUUCGAGCCAAGUACUUGCGUGCUAUUGCUGCUAAGAUAACAGAAAGGAAACCUGAACUAGCAAAACUAGAAGCACUUGAUUGCGGAAAACCACUGGAUGAAGCAGCAUGGGAUAUAGAUGAUGUUGCUGGAUGCUUCGAGUACUAUGCUGAUCUUGCUGAAGGCUUAGAUGCAAAGCAAAACGUUCCAGUUUCUCUUCCUAUGGAAACAUUCAAGUCUUAUGUUCUUAAAGAACCUAUUGGUGUUGUUGCAUUGAUCACUCCAUGGAAUUACCCACUAUUGAUGGCUACAUGGAAAGUGGCUCCAGCCUUGGCAGCAGGUUGCACGGCAAUACUGAAGCCAUCUGAACUGGCAUCAGUGACCUGUUUAGAGUUGGCUGAAGUGUGUAGAGAGGUUGGUCUUCCUCCAGGUGUCCUCAAUAUUCUAUCUGGAUUGGGUCCUGAAGCUGGUGCUCCUUUGGCAUCUCAUCCCCAUGUUGACAAGAUAGCAUUUACUGGAAGCACAGCUACAGGGAGCAGGAUAAUGGCAUCUGCAGCUCAGAUGGUCAAGCCUGUUUCUAUGGAGCUUGGUGGGAAAAGCCCAAUUAUUGUCUUUGAGGAUGUUGAUCUUGACAAGGCUGCUGAAUGGACCAUCUUUGGUUGCUUUUGGACAAAUGGCCAGAUAUGCAGUGCAACAUCCCGUCUUCUUGUGCAUGAAAGCAUUGCAACUGAAUUUGUAGACAGGCUUGUUAAAUGGUGCAAAAAGAUUAAAAUAUCAGAUCCCUUAGAGGAAGGUUGCAGACUUGGCCCAGUUGUCAGUGGAGGGCAGUAUGAGAAAAUAUUGAAAUGUAUCUCAACUGCUAAGAGUGAAGGUGCAAGCAUUUUGUUUGGUGGGGCUAGACCAAAGCAUUUGAACAAGGGAUUCUUCAUUGAGCCAACCAUCAUCACUGAUGUAAAUACCUCCAUGCAAAUUUGGAGAGAGGAAGUGUUUGGACCUGUUCUCUGUGUUAAAACAUUUAGUACAGAAGAUGAAGCCAUUGAACUGGCAAAUGACACCCAUUAUGGUUUAGGUGCUGCUGUGAUAUCAAAAGAUCUGGAAAGGUGUGAUCGUGUAAGCAAGGCUUUCCGGGCAGGUAUCGUAUGGAUCAAUUGCUCACAGCCAUGCUUCUGUCAAGCUCCAUGGGGAGGACUCAAGCGUAGUGGUUUUGGUCGUGAAUUAGGAGAAUGGGGACUUGAGAACUACUUGAGCGUGAAGCAGGUGACUAAAUACAUAUCUGAUGAACCAUGGGGUUGGUACCAGUCUCCUUCAAAGCUAUAAGAGAUCCUUGUGAGAACUGAAAAUAACUGCGUAUGUGCUUGAACAAUCGGAAUAAAUGGAUACUGUGUGCUAAACUCUACAUGUACUGGAAUAAAUUUUUAGAAAGAAUUCAAAACUUUCAUAA